CCGAGUGUAGCACUCAUACCCUGAAACUCAUAUGAUCUUAAUCAUGUAGAAGAGUCAAAGAAUACAUGAUAGAUAGAGUUUCUAGGGAAGCGGGAACCCAGGAAACAGAGAAAGACGCUGCUUAGAACCGUUCACUCACCGGUCACCACCUCUGCUAACAUACGCUCCUCUCCACUGCUCUCUGCUGCUGCUGCUCUCUCUCGCUUCAAGACUCCUUUUGACCGGACAACGGCCAUGCCACCACCCGGUCCGCCACCACUGUCGUCACCGUUACCACCACCCAUGGCGACCACUCCGACCACGCUUCUCUUCCUCCUCGUGGUUUUCUCCAUCACCACCCUGUUAUGCUGCGCCCAGAGGAGUCCUGAAGCACUAGCUGAGAUCCAGGCCUUGGUAUCGUUCAAGCUCAAUCUGCAUGACCCGCUUGCCGCGUUGAACGGCUGGGAUGCUUCCACACCAUCCGCUCCCUGCGACUGGCGAGGCAUUGCCUGCCAUAACGGUCGAGUUAGCGAACUCCGCUUGCCUCGUCUUCAACUCGCUGGCCAACUCACUGAGCACCUUGGUAAACUCACCGAGCUCCGCAAGCUUAGCCUUCGUUCCAACGCCUUCAACGCCAGCAUCCCUUCUUCUCUUUCUAAAUGCUCCCGUCUUCGCGCCCUCUUCUUGCAGUACAACUCAUUCUCCGGUCGUCUUCCGCCGGAGAUCUUCAACCUCACUGACCUUCAAGUUCUCAAUGUAGCUCAGAAUCUUCUCUCCGGAGGAAUCUCUGGUGAUAUCCCGCAGAAUCUCCGGUAUCUGGAUUUUUCUUCCAAUGAACUCUCUGGCGAAAUCCCGAAGAACUUCUCUGCAACAUCCAGGCUUCAACUCAUCAACCUCUCGUUCAACAGGUUCACCGGAGAGAUCCCGGCUAGCUUCGGGGGACUUCAACAGCUUCAGUACCUGUGGCUGGACUGGAAUAUGCUGGGAGGAACUCUGCCUUCCGCACUUGCAAACUGUUCUUCGCUCGUGCAUUUGAGCGUUCAAGGCAAUGCACUUCGAGGUGUAAUACCUUCGGCUAUAGGAGCUCUUCCCAGACUUCAGGUUCUCUCGCUUCAACAAAAUAACCUCUCGGGUUCGGUUCCUUCUUCUGUAUUUUGCAAUGUGUCAGCUAAUCCUCCGUCUCUGCGAAUCGUUAUGCUUGGAUUCAAUGCUUUCACGGGCCUUGUUCCACCAUCAAAGGCGACAUUUAGUGCUUUGCAGGUGUUAGAUCUUCAGAACAACCGGAUACGUGGGGGUUUCCCGCUCUGGUUGACGAAUGUGUCGACCCUAACAAUGCUGGAUAUUUCCCGUAACUCAUUUGCCGGCACAUUACCAGCGGAGUUCGGUAACCUCUUCAUGCUAAAGGAGCUGAGACUCGCAAAUAAUUCAUUUAAUGGUGCUGUUCCAAUGGAGAUCGGAAAGUGCAGUUUGUUAAGCGUUUUUGAUAUUGAAGGGAAUGGUUUUUCCGGUGAGGUUCCCGCAUUUUUGGGAGAAUUAAGGAGCUUGAAGAUAUUAUCUCUUGGGGGAAAUUUCUUUACGGGUCAGAUUCCGAAAGCAUUCGGAAGUCUUUUUGAGCUGGAAACGCUGAAUCUAGGACAAAAUAACCUGACUGGAAGCGUUCCGGAAGAGCUAAUGCAGUUGAGCAAUAUGACUACUUUGAAUCUCAGUGGAAACAGAUUUAAUGGAGAAAUUCCUUCGAGCGUUGGAGAUUUACGUAGGCUACUUGUUCUGAAUAUGAGUGGUAAUGCAUUUACAGGAAGGAUACCGUCUAGCAUUGGAAGUCUGUUGGACCUCAGGACUCUGGACUUGAGCCAGCAGAACCUCUCUGGUGAGUUGCCGCUUGAGCUUUCGGGCUUGCCGAAUCUGCAAACAAUUGCUCUGCAAGAGAAUGCAUUAUCCGGGGUUGUACCUGAAGGUCUCAGUAGUUUAUCGAGUUUACAGUUUCUGAACCUCACAUCAAAUGCCUUCUCUGGAGAGAUUCCGGCAACGUAUGGAUUCAUUCGAUCAUUGCUUGUUCUCUCCUUAUCCAACAAUCACAUUUCGGGCAAGAUUCCGGCAGAACUUGGCAACUGCUCUGAUCUUGAAGUCCUUCAACUUGGUUCAAAUCGUUUGACUGGUCAAAUUCCAGGUGAUCUUUCUCAUCUUUCUCAUUUGAAGGAGCUCGACUUGAGGCAGAACAAUUUAUCCGGUGAAAUUCCGGAAGAAAUCUCCAAAUGCUCUUCUCUGACUUCUCUAUUAUUAAACGAAAAUAAGCUAACGGGCUCCAUACCAGAUUCACUGUCUAACCUGUCAAACCUAAAUGCGCUGAGCCUCUCAAUGAACCACUUGACAGGGAUUAUUCCUGCAAACCUUACACAUAUCUCUGGUUUAAAAUACUUCAAUGUAUCAAGAAAUAACCUCGAAGGUGAGAUUCCAGAGAUGUUGGGUUCACGAUUCAAUGAUCCUUCUGCUUUUGCAAUGAAUAGAAAUUUAUGCGGGAAGCCAUUGGAUAAAAAAUGUGAGAGCAUCUCCAAGGCUAAAAACAAGAGGAGGAAGAGGCUCAUUCUGCUGGUUGCUGUAGCUGCCGGUGGAGCUUGUUUUUCGACGUUAUGUUGUUGCUGCUAUAUUUUCAGUCUUUUGUGGUGGCGCAAGCGGCUCCGAGAUGCGGCGGGAGAUGGGGAGAAGAAACAUAGCUCGACAUCUGUAAGCUCAGGAGAUGGUAGUCGUGGCAGCGGGGAGAACGGAGGGCCAAAGCUUGUCAUGUUCAACAAUAAGAUCAGUUACGCAGAAACAUUAGAAGCAACGAGACAGUUUGACGAGGAGAAUGUGCUAAGCAGGGGUCGUUACGGGCUGGUGUUCAAGGCCUGUUACCAAGAUGGAACAGUGCUUUCAAUCCGCCGUCUCCCUGAUGGAUCAGUUGACGAGGGAACUUUCAGAAAAGAAGCAGAAUCGAUUGGGAAGGUGAAGCAUAGAAACCUAACUGUUCUGCGAGGGUACUAUGCAGCACCCCCUGAUAUUCGGCUCCUUGUCUAUGAUUACAUGCCCAAUGGCAACCUUGCCACACUUCUCCAAGAGGCAUCCCACCAGGAUGGCAAUGUGCUCAAUUGGCCAAUGCGCCAUCUGAUUGCCCUUGGGGUUGCCCGAGGCCUAGCGUUCCUGCACACAGCCAACAUGGUUCAUGGUGAUGUUAAGCCACAAAAUGUGCUCUUCGACGCAGACUUUGAAGCCCAUCUCUCAGAUUUUGGACUCGAUCGUCUAGCAAUUACUACACCAGCAGAAGCAUCAACGUCGUCCACUUCUGUUGGGUCACUGGGGUAUGUAUCGCCAGAGGCGGUUUUGACUGGGCAAGUGACUAAGGAAGCUGAUGUAUACAGUUUUGGGAUUGUUUUGUUAGAGUUAUUAACAGGAAGGAGGCCGGUGAUGUUCACACAGGAUGAGGACAUAGUGAAGUGGGUGAAGAGGCAGUUGCAGAGAGGUCAAAUAUCUGAGUUGCUUGAGCCAGGGCUCCUUGAGCUUGAUCCAGAGUCAUCUGAAUGGGAAGAAUUUCUGCUAGGGGUGAAGGUGGGACUAUUGUGCACAGCACCAGACCCCCUCGACCGGCCUUCCAUGGCUGACAUUGUCUUCAUGCUUGAAGGUUGUCGGGUUGGGCCUGACAUCCCCUCCUCUGCUGAUCCCACCUCUCAACCAUCUCCAGCAUGAAACAAAAUGUAGUAGUGAGUCUAGUGACAUUGAGACCAAGGGAAGAGAUGCAUUGCAACUUUCUGACAGAGGGCAUAUUAUAGCUAUAUCUGAACGUCGAGGAGCAUGAGGUCCUGUCCUCUUAGUUUCUUCAGAUUUUUCAACUCUACCAUCACCAAGAUACUGUGUGCUGCCCUGGCAACUGCAAACUAAAUGAGGAUGCUGACAUAUAGUUUUGAUUGUUGAAGACAAAAGUUGUCUUGGUUGGGAAGGAGCUCAUCCACAAUCUCUACUUUAAGAUGUGGUUUCAUCUUUGUAUUUCAGCUUCCAUUCUUUUUUAAUUGUAGUUAACAUUUCUUUCUCAUUGAUGAAUUUAUCAGUCUCUAUAUUUAAUUCAUCAAGUUUCUGUGUAUCUCAAACUAAUCUAUUUUGUUUUAAUCCUGUUUAAAUUUGAUUUAUUAAACUAUUGUAUUGUGAA